AUGGCGACGAAUGCGGGUUUAGCUCACAAUGCGGCGAAGCAUUGGCAAAACCAUCUGGCCGGAUUGACUCCGUGUCAAUUCCCUCGACUCGGCGCGAAAUCCCAUCAACGCACCAAGCGUCCCAUGACAGUUAGGAUGAAUUUAAGGGAGUCGCAGAAGCUUCAGGACCUUGCCGUCUCUGGGGGUGCCGCACUGCCCACCGUUUUGCGUGCUGUAUGGGCACUGGUACUCCGGUGUUAUACUGACUCGGAGGACGUCUGCUUUGGAUACCAGGAGAUUGGUUCUGGAGCAAUACACAGUGAGGUCAACGCGACAAAAGGGCUCUUUGGUGUGCCAAUCGCGCGGUUGCAGCUAAACGGCGACGCAACUCUAGGCGAGCUGAUUGAGCUCGCCCAAGGUGAGUACUCCCAAUGCCUCCCAUAUCAUGGUCAUGCGCCAUUUGCGAGAUCUUCUGAGCACCAGCCCUUCAAUACGAUGUUGGUGUUUCGGACGUCUAACGUAGGAGCUUCGAGCGAUGCAUCGGUUAACUCACGGCCAUUCAAUGCGAUUCUCCCAGAAGAAUGCCGGAUCCGCAUUCUCGCCAAGCAAUUAAACGGCACGAUUAGCAUGUUCAUGGAAUGGUGGAGUUCCGACAUGACCAUGGACCAAGCCCUAGAUGUUGCGAGCACGUUCGAUAGGGUCCUCAACAUCAUGUUUUGUUCUCCUCAGGUUCGAAUCGAAAAUAUCGACUGGUUCACUGAUCGGCAUAUGAAAAGGAUCUUAAAGUGGAAUAAUAAACCACUGGAGAAGGUGGAAAAGUGCAUCCACGAAGUUUUCCAAGCGCAAGCGGUUCGCCGAGCGGACUCAGAAGCUAUUUGUGCCUGGGACGGCAGUUUUACUUAUGCCGAAUUCGAUCGAGUGACAUCGCGAUUGGCCAACCAUUUGGUUGAGAUGGGUGUCGGGCCGGAGGUUCGCGUUCCAUGCUGCUUCGAUAAAUCGAAAUGGUACGCUGUUGCAACUUUCGCGAUAUUGAAGGCUGGUGGCGCCUUCGUCCCGCUCGAUCCUGCGCACCCAAUUCCACGCCUCCAAUCGCUAAUUCACAAACUUGAAGCAAAAAUUCUUUUGAGUUCCACACAUCAUGCCGGCCGCCUGUUAGAGACGACCGAGAAGAUAAUCUCUGUCGAUCAAGAGCUGAUCGAUAAUCUCGCGUCUCUGCCAACACAGGACAAUUAUGUGCCGCGAUGUAGGCCUGGUAAUGCGGCCUACCUGAUUUUCACCUCAGGCUCGACUGGGGAACCAAAGGGCACCGUGGUCGAACAUGCGGCUUAUGUUUCUGGAGCGAAAGCCCACGCCCCCGCACUUUCCAUUAGCGAAGAGUCUCGCUCGCUUCAGUUCGCUGCGCAUACCUUCGAUGCUAGUCUUGUGGAGAUGGUCACUCCGCUGCUGGUCGGUGGGACAGUGUGUAUACCGAGCGAGGAGGCGCGAAUGAACGACAUUGUUGGCGCGAUAAAUGAGAUGCAAGUGAAUCUUGCAGUUCUGACUCCAUCUUUUGUAAAUUUUGUCGAGCCAGCGCAAGUUCCCGGUUUAAAGGUCCUUGUUUUAGCGGGAGAGGCCAUGUCGCAAUCACAUGUCGAUAUCUGGUCGCAGAUCACCCUGAUCAAUGGCUACGGCCCAACCGAAUCCUCGGUAUCAGCAGUCACAAAUUCACACGUGACGGCUGCAACCGAUCCGAAAGAUAUCGGCUUUCCAACCGGUUUGCAUUGCUGGGUCGUGAACCCUGACGAUCAUCACCAGCUCUUGCCGCCCGGUUGCACGGGCGAAUUGCUUCUAGAAGGGCCUAGUCUUGCAAGGGAAUAUCUCGCAAACCCUGAAAAGACCAGCGACGCGUUCAUCAACCGACCCAUCUGGGCCAAACAAAACAACGGGGAAUGUAGACGAUUCUACAAAACUGGCGACCUUGUUCGCUAUAAUUCCCCUGAAGGUUCCUUCGACUAUGUGGGAAGAAAAGACACCCAAAUAAAAUUCCACGGCCAACGUAUCGAACUUGGCGAAAUCGAGCAUCAUGUCGCUGCUGAUCCAAACGUCAACCAUGGUCUCGUUUUGUUUCCCAAAAACGGUCGCUGCAAGGGCCACAUUGUGUCCAUAUUUACCCUUGCAGAUCAUUUAGUUUCCAAAGUCCCAUCAGACCCGAAACUACUUGGACUAGUGGCGAGAGACGUCAGACACACCCCAGUCGAAGCAAUACGGCAACGUCUAACCGCAAACUUACCUUCAUACAUGGUUCCUAGCAUUUGGCUUUGUGUUGAAAUGCUCCCCAUGUUGUCGUCACGGAAAUUGGAUCGUAAGGCGGUAUCCAAAUGGGUUGAUGAAAUUGAUGACGAGUUCUAUCUCCAGGUCGCGCCCGCUGAAAAUGCUGGCGAUGACUCUGAAGAACCCGCCAAUGAGGUGGAAGGCAAGCUGAGAAUGGUAUGGAGCCGUGUUCUCAAUCUCCCUAUCAACCGAGUAGGUUUAAGCCAGAGCUUCCUCAGCUUAGGUGGAGAUUCGAUUACAGCAAUGACAUGCAUGGGCCAAUGCAAAAAGGCCGGUCUUGGAUUCACCGUCCAGGAGGUUCUAAGGAGCAAGUCAAUUCGUGACCUUGCCGUCCUUGCAAGAACCAACAUCCAGACAGUUGACUAUCAGGAAGAGGUCGAACAGCUAUUUGAUCUAACUCCCAUCCAACAAUAUCAUUUUCAAGUCCGCCGGGAGGACCAGGGGCAUUUUAACCAGAGCUUCUUCUUGAGGCUUGCCAAACCGACAACGGAAGAGACCCUUCGUCAGGCAGUUCACGCCAUCGUUGAUCGUCAUUCAAUGUUGCGUGCCCGAUUCAGCCAAACCGCGGAUGGAAAUUGGAAACAGCGCAUUACUUGCGACGUAGCCUCCUCCUAUCAACUUCGUAUUCACCAGUGUCGAUCAAGGGAUCAAGCAGAGUCAAUGGUUGGUGACAGCCAGCGUUCAAUAAACGCUGAGAAUGGGCCUCUGUUCACUGCGGACCUUUUUGAUAUCGAUGGGAAAGAGCAACUCCUGUCGGUGAUUGGCCAUCAUUUGGUCAUUGACUUGGUUUCUUGGCGAGUGAUUCUGGAAGACUUGGAGGAGCUUCUUUUGGACCCCCAAAGCCCUUCCUUGGCUUCGAAAUCCAUUCCGUUUCAAACAUGGAGCAAAUUGCAAAUAGAUCAUUGUCAGGAUCUCGAUUUGUCGAAGGUCAUAUCGACUGAAGAUAUUCCCAGCGGCAACUUUGCGUACUGGAAUAUUGACCCUCGAUUGAACACUUACGGUGAUUCUGCUUGUGAGGGAUUUGAGAUCGACGCUCCGACUACCUCAACGCUUCUUACGGACUGCCACGACGUCCUGCGCACUGAAUCUUUGGAUAUCCUCCUUGCUGCGCUCAUUCAUUCAUUCGCUGACACGUUUCAUGAUCGUGUUGUGCCUGCCAUCUACAACGAGGGUCAUGGACGUGAGCCUUGGGACGACUCGAUUGAUAUCUCCCGUACCGUCGGCUGGUUUACAACCGUGUACCCCGUCUUUGUUCCUACUUUAGCCUCAGAUAAUAUCGUGGAUACCGUAAUGCGUGUCAAAGAUAUACGUCGCCGUGUACCUGGUAAUGGCCGGCCGUAUUUCGCGAGUCGAUUCCAUACUGAAGGCGGCAAAGACAAGUUCCGCCAUCAUGCUCCAAUGGAGGUGUCAUUCAAUUAUUUAGGGCAGUACCAGCAAUUGGAGCGGAAGGAUGCCCUUCUUCAACCUGUCGAUGAGAUGGCCGGUGAGGCUAGAGAGGCUGGAGGGUCAGCCGACUAUGACAAGACCACACCCCGGUUCGGUCUCUUCGAAAUUUCCGCCGUCAUCGCUUGUGGAAAGCUGCGAUUUGCUUUCACAUUCAACCGACAUAUGAGGCACCAAUCUGCUAUCCGGCAAUGGGUUUCUCAGUGUCAACGUAAUUUACAGCUUAUUGCCGAGCAAUUUGUUGCAAUGGCCCCUAAAAUCACAUUGAGCGAUUUCCCGCUGUUGCCAUUAACAUACGAUAAUCUCGACUCCAUGAUCACGGAGAAAUUACCCCAAAUCGGCAUAUCCAGUUUUGAUCAAGUCGAGGAUGUCUGUCCGUGCUCGCCAAUGCAACAAGGGUUGCUUCUUAGCAAAACAAAAGACGGGGCAUUUUACUCAGUUCAUGGAACCUUUGAAGUGAAACCACAAGACCGUGACAGAGUGGACGCUGAUCGGCUCGCAUCGGCUUGGUUAAAGGUGGUAGCACACCAUCCGGCUCUCCGCACAGUGUUUAUAGAAGGGUUAACUUCCGACGGGCUUUAUAAUCAAGUGGUCCUCAAAUCAGUUAGCGCUGAGCUGAUCCGACUACAGUGUAAGAGCGAGAACGACGUGCUUCAUACUUUGCAGAAACAAGAGUCAUUUGAUUAUAAAGUCAGCAAACCACCUCACCGAUUCACAGUUUGCCAAACAUCAAAUGGAAAAGUCUUCUGUCGAAUUGAACUUAGCCAUGCUAUCAUGGACGGCAUGUCAAUCUCGAUCAUCUUCCGUGACCUCGAAUUGGCAUAUGCUGGGAAACUCGCAACUGAGCCUGCAACACCUUACAGUGCCUUUAUAGGCUAUCUCCAGACGCAGCCGAUUGCAGCAGGGAUUUCUUUCUGGAGUUCUUACUUGAAAGGCGUGGAGCCAUGUCAUUUCCCUGUGCUGAACGAUGGUAUGACCGCUGAGAAGAUACUCCGGACUUUGAGGCUUGAGUAUAAGCACUUAAGUGACCUUCAGAGCUUUUGCGAUUCAAACGGACUUACGCUUUCUAAUGCUAUCAAUACUGCAUGGGCGCUAACUUUGCGAUCGUACAUUGGCUCUGAAGAAGCAUGUUUUGGAUACUUGUCCUCCGGACGUGAUGCGCCGAUUCCUGGAAUCGAUAACGCCGUUGGGCCCUUUAUCAACAUGCUAGCAUGCCGAGUGAACAUGCCUGUCAAUGUCACUCUUAACAAACUUCUAGAUGACGUCCAAAAGGACUACAUGGAUAGUAUACCGCAUAAGCACACGUCGCUUGCUGAGGUUCAACAUUCUUUGAAACUCUCUGACGUUGCUCUUUUCAACACUUGUGUCUCUUAUCGCCGUCUUCCACCAAGGAAAAAUGCAAAACGGCAAGAGAUUGAAUUCAGUGAACAUUGCCCCAUACAUGAUCCGACCGAAUAUCCGGUCUCUUUGAACAUCGAAGUAUCGGAUGUCCAGGUUGCCAUCGACUUGGAUUACUGGACUGAUUCAGUUUCCGACCAACAAGCAAAAAAUAUCGCCAACAACUUCAUUCGGUCGCUGGAAAAUAUUACCUACAACGCCCAACAACUCAUCGGGGAAUUGGAUAAUGUCAGCGCGAAGAAUUACGAAAUGAUCUGGUCUUGGAACAGCAAGAUACCACAGUGCAUUAACGAAUGUAUACACGAGGUUGUGGGUAAGCAGGCGAAAGCUCGUCCAGAAGCUCCUGCUAUCUGCGCCUGGGAUGGCGAAUUCACUUACCGUGAACUUGAUGAGAUUUCGACGCUACUAGCCAAUUAUUUUGCAGCCUUGGGCGUUGUUCCAGGAUCUUUUGUCCCUAUUUGCUUUGACAAAUCUGCGUGGACCGUCAUUUCUAUGCUGGGUGUGUUGAAGGCAGGUGGUGCGUGUGUGCCUCUAGAUGCGACGCAUCCCAAGAACGCCCUCGAGUAUAAGGUCAUGGAUUGCGACGCACAGAUGGUAGUGGCAUCACCCCAAAGGGCUGCGAUGUUUGAAGAUAUGGUUUCAUACGUCGUUGCGGUCAACGCUGAUCUGGUGGAUCAAAUUGCAGAGUAUGACGAAUUUUACGGCACAGCUGCAGAACCGACCGAUCCUUGUUUUAUCAUUUUCACAUCAGGCAGCACGGGGAAACCAAAAGGGGUUGUUUUGGAACAUCGUUCAAUUGUAUCGAGUGCCGAAGCGCAUGGUUCUGCUCUGGGCUUUGGACCAGAUACUCGGGUCCUACAAUUCGCUGCCUACACUUUUGACAACAGUCUUGAGGAAAUGUUUACAACCCUUAUGCGUGGCGGUUGUGUCUGUGUUCCUUCAGAAGAAGAUCGGUUCAACAAUCUUGCAGGCGCAAUUAACAAACUCAAUGCAACUUUUAUGGAUCUCACCCCGACUGUGGCUUCAUUUCUUCAACCUGCCGAUGUUCCGUCAAUAAAAGAAAUUGGAAUCGGUGGUGAAGCCAUGACGAAGGCAGUGAAAGAUAUAUGGCGUUCAAUUCCAAUCCAUAACCAAUACGGACCAUCCGAAUGUUCAAUUAACUGCACUCAUAACCCUCACUCUGCGACGUCAGGAGAUGUUUCUAACAUUGGAAAAAGUACGGGAAGUGUUUCAUGGAUAGUUGAUCCGGUGGACCAUAACAAACUGGUUCCUAUAGGUGCUGUUGGUGAACUGCUUGUUGAAGGGCCAAUCGUGUCUCGCGGUUACCUUAACGACCCCGAAAAGACUGCGAAGUCUUUUAUUGAAAAUCCAUCUUGGGUUGCGAAGGACCCCAAUCGACGUGCGGAGUCGACGAGGAGAAUGUACAAAACGGGUGACUUGGUUCGAUACGACAGCGACGGAUCAAUCGUUUAUCUCGGAAGGAAAGAUACCCAAGUGAAGCUAAAUGGGCAACGUAUUGAGCUUGGUGAAAUAGAACACCAUGUCAAAACAAACUUGCCAGACUCUACUCAAUCAGCCGUCCACCUGAUAACUUCCGGCGGGAUUAAAGCUCUUGCGGUCUUCAUGUGCAUGUCAACAAGCAGUACCACAACGACAACCGACUCGGAUGACCUUCUUCUUCCUAUGACUGAAUCUAUCAGGUCAAUUGUACGAGCCCUUGAAUCCGCAUUAUCUGCGGCAAUUCCUACAUAUAUGGUCCCCAGUGCCUACAUUCCGGUGACCAAGAUGCCGCUCACUGCUUCAGGUAAACUUGACCGACGAGCCUUAUCCCACUUGGCCCUCUCCAUGUCGGAUGAACAGGCAUCUACUUAUAGGCUUGGGGGGAUGGGCGGUGGUAGAGAGCCUGCAACUCAAACAGAAAAGCUGCUGCAAGAUCUUUGGGCUUCAAUUCUAUCCAAACCGGCGGAGGCGAUUGGAGCGGAUGACAGCUUCUUCCGCCAUGGUGGAGAUUCCAUUGGUGCUAUGAAGCUUGUUAGCGCUGCUCGUUCAAAGGGCCUUGUGCUUUCUGUGGCGGCUAUCUUCCAAAAACCAAAAUUGUCAGAUAUGGCUGCCGAUUGUGAAAGCUCUAUUCAUCCAGCUGCUAACUCGGAACCACAAUCUGCCGCUGAACGCGAACCAAUAAAACCAUUCGCCCUACUUCCGAAAGAUGUCUCCAUUGUCCCACUCAUCGAUGAGGUUGCUAGUAUCUGCGGAGUUGAAAGCAAGUCUGUGCAAGAUAUCUAUCCUUGCACAUCUAUCCAAGGCGGCUUGAUUGCCCUAUCUAGCAAGCAGCCGGGGGCUUACGUUGCUCAAAAUGUGUUCCGUUUGGCAUCCGACAUUGAUAUCAAUAAAUUCCGGAAAGCAUGGCAGGCCAUUGCCGACGUUGAUGCUGUCCUACGCACCCGCAUCGUUUUUACCGAAGAGUUAGGCUUUCUUCAAGUCGUUGUCAAUGAGCCGGCAGAUUGGAAAUCCGUUAAAACGAUCCACGAGAUUCAAAAUGAGGACCGUCACUUGCCUAUACAUGAUGGAGGGGCGCUUUCGCGGUAUAUCAUCGUGGGCGAGGGAUCGAAAUCACCGCAGUUCGUCUGGAUAGUUCAUCAUGCUUUAUACGACGGAUGGAGUAUCCCGACGCUGCUUGACCGAGUCGCCGCCUGUUAUGGCAAUCCCAAUCUAUCCGCAACGGCAGUCGAAGCACCAUUUGCCAAAUUUAUUGAAUAUUUGAAUUCGAUUGACACAAAGGUAUCCGAUGACUUUUGGAGGGCCCGACUAGAUGACCCAACAUCUGCACCCUGGCCGCGACUUCCAAGGCCCCAGUACCAAGUCAAUACAAGCGAAAAGAUUGCACGACUUAUUCCGAUUCCACCACUCUUAGAUAGGGAAAUCACGGUGGCUUCCAUAAUUCGCGCCGCGUGGGCGUUGGUUGUAUCGCUCUACUCUUAUUCUGAUGAUGUUAUUUUCGGGGAGAUGCUCACAGGACGAGAUGCUCCUGUUCCAGGGAUUGAAGACAUGAUUGGCCCAACCUUCACUUCUAUACCGUCAAGAAUUCGCAUAAACCGUGAGCUCACCGUGGCCGAAUAUUUGAAAGAUGUCCAAAAUCAAUUUGUGCAGGCUAUGCCCUAUCAAUUUUGUGGGCUGCAAAAUAUUAAACGGCUGGGAUCCGACGCGGCUGUGGCCUGUGAAUUUCAAAAUCUGCUCACUAUUACCCAGGAUGCAGAUGAAUCCGCAGAUGGUUUCUGGGACAUGGUCGGUUCCGGAAUGGGUGGGAGCAAUUUCUUCUCCUACCCGCUGAAUCUGUCUUGCACAAUAAGUAAGUCAGAGGCCCGCAUCGAUACGCAUUACGAUCCAGAGAUUAUCCCGUCAUGGCAAGUGGAACAAGUUUUGAGCCAUUUAGAAACCAUUCUUGGGCGAUUAGCUUCAAGCGAGCAUUCACAAGUCAAAGUUGGUGAUAUGGACCUUAUGCACUCCCGGGACCUUGAACUUCUUAGAGAGUUGAACUCUAGUGGAGCGACCCUUUAUGAUCGUUGUAUCCACGAUAUGAUAUUUGACCAGGUCCAAAAAGAUCCUAAUGCUAUGGCUCUAGAUGCUUGGGACGGUUCUUUCACCUUCAAGCAGCUGGAUGAUCUCUCGACUAAUCUUGCCCACCACUUAAUCACCUUGGGAGUCGGCGCGGACCCCGAGACUUUUGUUCCUCUUUGCUUUGAAAAGUCAGCUUUCAUAGUAAUUUCGAUGCUGGCUGUCAUGAAAGCCGGCGGCGCAUUUGCCCCCCUGGACCCAACCCAUCCCAUAUCUCGGCUUCAAGAAAUUUCAGCCGACCUUAGCGCAUUCCUUGUAUUGUGCUCCUCAAAACACGAGUCUCUUUGUCAAUCUAUCUCACCCCAGGUUUUGGUUGUGGAUAUGGAGUUUGUCAAGGCUUUACCGCCGCCAAAGCAACGCCUUCCUCCAGUGCCGUCAACUAACCCAGCAUACGUGAUGUUUACUUCUGGCACAACAGGAAAACCGAAAGGAAUUUUGAUUGAACAUCGUAAUUUCUCUUCCAGCGCCAUGGCACAUGGCCCUGUGAUGUUCAUUCGAGCUAGACGUCGCGUACUUCAGUUCGCGUCCUUUACCUUUGACCCUAGUUUACUUGAAACGUUUUCGUCUCUUAUUCUAGGUGCGUGUGUUUGCAUGCCAGAUGAGUUUGUUCGGUUGAAUGAGAUUCAGGAGUUUAUCAACAAAAUGAAUAUCGACUGGGCCGAGUUUACUCCCUCGUUCAUCCACCUUUUGACCCCAGAAGAGGUUCCAAAUCUUAAGACGGUGUCGCUCGUCGGUGAAGCUCUAUCCCAUUCUCACGUCACCACCUGGGCUGAUAAAGUUGAACUGAUAAAUGGCUAUGGGCCGACGGAGGUAUCCGUACUUGCGACGGUUAAUAACAAGAUAACCGUGGAAACUAGCCCCGUGAACAUUGGACAACGCCUUGAUCGGUGCUGGAUUGUAGAUGCACGGAACCAUGACAGGCUCGUUCCGGUUGGAGCGGUGGGUGAGCUGCUUGUGGAAGGUCCUACGGUUGCCCGAGGCUACUUCAAGAAUCCCGAAAAGACAGAGGCCGCAUUUAUCCGAAACCCUCGCUGGGCACAGAGCAUAAGCCCAGGGGACAGGAGAAUGUACAAGACCGGCGAUCUUGUGAGGUACAAUGGCGAUGGGUCGAUGGAUAUCAUAUACAUCGGCCGGAAGGACACUCAAACAAAAGUGCGAGGGCAGAGACUUGAAGUUGAAGAAGUUGAACACUACCUCCGAGCGGAUGAGGCCGUUUUAAAUUGUCUCGUGACUGUGCCAACAAGUGGUCUCCAUGCUAAGAAGCUGGCAGCUGCCAUCUUCCCGAAAGGCAUUGCGAAAGGAGAUUCGUCCAACAAACUCGAUUUGAUAACCUCCAAAAAUGCGAGUUCUACUGUAACCGCUAUUCGAGAACGGCUACGCCAGCGCCUUCCGCCAUACAUGGUCCCGACAAGGUGGCUUUCUUUCAAAACGGUACCCAUUCUGCCGUCCGGGAAAUUGGAUCGCCGGCAAAUAAUAAGAUUCAUUGAACAAUUAGAAGAACAGCAAGAUAGUGUUCAUCAAGCCUCGAAAGCAGUAGAGGCGAAAGAAAUUGGAGUACCGCCUCAAAUCGAGAUUGCCGAAGAGCUCCGAAGGAUUUGCAGUCAUGUGCUUAAGGUGCCUUUCGAAGAGGUUGAGCUCGAAAGCUCCUCGUUUUUGCACUUGAUUAAAAAAUUUGAGAAAGCUGUGGAAGUCGCCAAAACUCCGACUACUAAUGCCGUCCCAACGGCAGACAUCGUCCAGGAGCUGCGAAGGGUCUGGAGCCACGUUCUAAAACUGCCCCUUGAGGAGGUUGAGCCCGAGGCGUCAUUUUUGCAUUUGGGAGGUGAUAGCAUAUCGGCCAUGCAAGUGAUGGCAAGGUGCCGUUCACAAGGCCUUGGAGUUACAGUCCAGGAUAUCAUGCAGGCCAGAUCAAUCACUGAACUUUCACGCAUGGUCAAGAUUUCCAGCGGCACAAAUGUCAGAACUAAAUUCGAAACAGAAGAACCGCGCAAACUUGAAGAAGGAAAGCCUUUUGAUUUAUCACCUAUUCAGCAACUAUAUUUUGACUAUAUCGGCGAAGCUCGGGGACAGUUCAAUCAGAGCGUCCUACUGCGUUUUACAUCACCAGUGAAAUCUGACAAGAUCACUCGCGCCCUUGAUGACUUGGUAACAAUUCAUCCAAUGCUCCGGGCGCGGUUCCAAAAGGACCAAAAUGGUAUCUGGCGUCAACGUAUCAGCGGUGAGAUUUCGAAAUCGUACCAUUUUCGUAUCCACAAAAGUGCUCAGCAGCAUCACCUGGAGUCGCUGAUUGAAAUCAGCCAAAAGUCCCUCAACAUUGAGAAAGGUCCUCUUUUUGCCGUCGACAUGUUCUAUCUCCCUAGCCAAACAGUCCAGAUUUCCUUGGCUAUUCAUCAUCUAAUCAUUGACGUUGUGUCUUGGAGUAUCAUUCUCCAAGAUUUGGAGGAUGCUCUAUCCGGCUCUCAACUUAAACCUCAUAGUUCGCUUUCAUUUCAGAACUGGUGCGAACUGCAAUCGAAAAAGGCCCAGGAGGAACUUGUUGAAACCGUUCUUCCAGCCCUCGACGUGCCAACUGCUGACUUUGAUUACUGGGGAAUGUCAAACCUACCCAACCUGUACGGUGAUGUUUUGACAGAGGAAAUUGAACUAGCUGCCCAUGUUACCACCAAACUUCUGGCAGCAUGCAGCGACAGUUUUGGGGCCGAGGCUGUCGAUGUUAUACUCGCAUCCCUACUCCUUUCAUUUUGCAAAGAAUUUCCAGACAGGAGUAUGCCUCCAGCAGUCUACAAUGAAGGGCAUGGACGAGAACCCUGGAGUAUGGACCUUGAUCUCUCUUCUACUGUAGGAUGGUUCACAACACUGAGUCCGAUUUGCCUACCGGCCGAUGCAAGCGUUGAGGGUGCCCAUGCUAUUUUAGAUACCAUUCGCUGGGUAAGGGAUUCGCGAUGCCGCACCUCCGGGAAAGGUCGAUCCUAUUUCGCGUAUCGGUUCCUAACAGACGAUGGAAAACAACGUUUCGACAAGCACUGGCCAAUGGAAAUAUGCUUCAAUUACCUUGGUCAAAUGAAACAAGAUGAACACAAUGACGCGAUUCUUCAGCCCGUUGAUGGCGCUGGAGGCCAAUCCAUCAACACCCUUUCUGACAUCGGAGCAGAAGUGCCUCGUCUCUCCUUGAUUGAAAUUUCCGCAGUCAUCACAGAGGGAACACUGAAGGUAACCUUUGGUUUCAAUAAACGCAUGAAGCGGAGAAACGGUAUUUUGAAUUGGGCUUCGGCUUGUAGCUCCCUCCUUAACGAUGCAGCGAGAUUUACUAGGCGGGAGACCAUAGGUCCGUCUCUCAAAGGUUUCCCUCUGCUUCCAUUGGUAUAUGGUGCCCAAACCAAGCUAGAGGAGCAGCUUUCAGAGUUUGCUGUACCGUCAAUUGAUGCGGUGGAGGAUGCAUACCCACUAUCCCCUAUGCAGCAGGGCAUCUUGAUGAGCCAACAGAAGGACCCACAGAAAUAUGCGUUCCAUUUUGCAUUCGAGGUCAAAUCCAACCAACGAAGCCACCGAGUCGAUGCUCGCCGUUUGGAGGCAGCAUGGCAGUCGGUUGUUGCUCGACACUCCUCUCUCAGAACGAUAUUCAUACCUAGCACUAGUAGCCAAAAUCUCAUGGACCAAAUUGUUUUAAGGAAGGUUCAGGGGAGAACGAUAUUCCUCAAAGCGCAGACCGCAGAACAGGCGUUUGCCAAAAUCGAACCUCUGGAAUGCAGCGAGCAGAGGACGCCUCAUAGAUUCGUGAUUUGCGAAACGUUUGACGGCCGCCUGUUUUGCAAGAUCGAAAUUAGUCACGCGAUUUCAGAUGGCACGUCCAUGGGCCUCCUUCUCGAAGACCUUACAAAGGCUUAUGAAACGGCAUCAAGCCUUGAACCCGGACCGCUCUACAGCGACUUUAUUCAAUACCUGCAAGAGACGCCGAGGGAAAAAGGCAUACAAUAUUGGAAGGACUAUCUUUCUGGGAUUGAACCAUGCCUUCUACCCUCGCUCGCUAAUGUUUCACGCUCAGCCAAGAGACAGCCUGGUGAAUAUGUUUUCACCAUCAGCCAUGGUGCCGAACUGCAGAAAUUCUGCAGAACGCAAGGGCUGACACCUGCAAACUUGCUUCAACUUGUUUGGGCAUUGGUUCUCCGGGCCUAUAUUGGCACGGACGAAGUUUGUUUUGGAGUUGUUUCUUCUGGGAGAAAUGUUCCAGUAAACGGGAUCCAAGAAGCCGUCGGUGCGUUUAUUAAUAUGAUGGUUUGUCGUCUCACGCUCUCGAGCGGCACAUUAGUAGGCGAUGCUUUGCAACAGCUCCAGUCAGAUUUCAUCCGCAGCAUGGAUUACCAGACCUGCUCCCUUACAGAAGUACAGCAUGAACUUGGCCUAUCCGACGCUUCCUUAUUCAACACCGUUUUCACCUUCCAGAAAGGUUCCAACACGGACUCUGAUGGUCCAAUGAUCUCAUUUGAACAUCUUAAUUCCACUGAUCCCAACGAAUUCAACCUUUCAAUCAAUAUCAGUCUUAUCGAUUCCUCCCUGGUAAUUGGAUUUGGCUAUUGGUCUGACACAGUUUCCGACCAGCAUGUGGUGAAUAUUGCCAAUACCUUUGAGCAUCUGCUGAGAGAACUGAUUGCCGAAAACGGAGGCGACAAACUGAUAGGCGAUAUUGACCUCUUGGGUGAACACAGUUGCAAACAAAUCCGUUCCUGGAAUAGUCAACUUCCAAAAGCCGUUAACAAGUGUGUCCAUGAACUUAUUGAACAGCAAGCCCUGCUUCGGCCUAGGAUGACCAUGGCGGUCGAAGGCUGGGAUGCAAGCUUCACAUACGCUGAGCUAGAUUCAAUCUCAUCUCGAUUGGCGGCUCACCUCACCGGUUUCGGAGUCGGGCCUGAGGUUUAUGUGCCACUCUGUUUCGAGAAAUCCGCAUGGACGAUAGUUGCCCAAAUAGCGGUACUUAAAGCUGGAGGCGCGUUCGUCCAUGUUGAUCCGGCCCACCCAGAAAGCAGACUGCGCAUGCUUAUCAAUGAUGUCGGUGCUGACUUUGUCGUUUGCUCUCCGAAAUAUCACGAAAAAGCAUCCAGGGUUGCAAAAACAACAUUUGUUCUUGACCCUAAAUCUAUUCGUAAACUCCCUCGCUCCCAAACACCUCCUGCCACAGCUCCUCAACCGUCUAACCCAGCUUAUAUCAUUUUUACUUCCGGGACCACUGGUCGUCCAAAGGGAACCGUUAUUGAACAUGGCGCGAUUUGCACGAGCGCUUUAGCUCACGGCGAGGCCUUAUUGAUGAAUGGCUCGUCUAGAGUUUUACAGUUUGCUUCCUAUACAUUUGACGCUUCCAUUAUGGAAAUCCUGACAGGUCUCAUAAUGGGCGGUUGCAUCUGCGUGCCUAGCGACGAAGAACGAAUGAACGACCUCCCCAGAGCCAUAACGAAGUUACGGGCCAGCUGGACCUGCCUAACUCCGUCCGUCCUAAGCACAAUGAAACCAGAACGGAUUCCGACCAUGAAAGUGAUUGCCGUUGGCGGUGAAGCUAUGUCAGAAAAGAUCAUGGAAGAAUGGAAGGGAGGCCCAGCAAUCAUCAACGCCUAUGGUCCGACUGAGAAUUCUGUCGUUGCCUGCGCAAGCCUCAAGGUCGACGCCGACGGAAUUACUCGAGACGAAAACCGAUCGAGUAUAGGAAACGCGGUUGGAUGCAGAGGCUGGAUUGUUGACCCUAGCAAUUACAAUCGCCUAGUUCCGGUGGGCGCUGUAGGAGAACUCGUCGUUGAAGGUCGCACAGUUGCUCGAGGAUACCUUAACAAUCCACAGAAGACUGCUGAGGUGUUUAUUGACAGGCCUGACUUUACUGCUGAACCCCGUUUCCGUGGUUUGUUCACUCGCCAAAGUCGGAUGUAUCGCACUGGUGACCUUGUCCGAUAUAACCCUGAUGGUACUAUCAAUUACAUUUCCCGAAAGGACACUCAGAUCAAACUCAACGGGCAACGAAUUGAACUUGGCGAAAUUGAGUAUCAUUGCAAAGCCAAUCUUCCGGAACAAACACAAGUUGCUGUAGAUUUGGUCGUUCCCUCUGACCGAGCAAAAAAGACUCUUGCGGUGUUUUUCACCACUUCUGGUUCCGGCUCUCACCAACACACCUUGGUCAAAACUGAUGGUGUGAAAAGUGAUGAGUUACUUGUUCCAAUGGAUGAUACUAUAAGGGCUGUGGCACGGUCCCUAGAAACAGGUUUGGGAACGGCCGUCCCCACAUACAUGAUCCCACAUCUUUUUAUUCCGGUGUCCAAACUUCCCUGGACUUCAUCCGGCAAGCUCGAUCGCGCUCGCCUCCGAAACAUGGUCCAGGAUCUGUCUAAGGAGACCAUUCGGCUAUUUAGGUUGAGUGGGGCAAUGAAUAAACCUGCUGCAACAUCGGGGAUGGAAAGAAAGCUCCAGAAGAUGUGGGAGAAAGCUCUUGCUCUCCCAUCGGGGUCCGUGUCCACUGGGGAUAGCUUUUUCAGGCUUGGUGGGGACUCUCUAGCCGCCAUGCAACUUGCAGGAGCAGCACGCGCGCAGGGUAUUUCACUCACGUUUGGCAACAUUUUCAAAUAUCCAAUCUUGACAGAUAUGGCUCGUACAUGUGGAGCCCUGAAAGCGGACGCCGAAGCCGAACUGAAACCUUUUUGCCUGUUAUCUGAAUCCAUUCCACAGGUUAAAAAGGAGGUAUCUGAGCUUUGCUGUGUGCCCGAGAGCGAAAUCCAUGAUAUUUAUCCUGCAAGCUCGCUUCAAGAAGGAUUUAUUACUCUCGCUAUCAAGCAACCUGGUGCCUAUGUCGCGCAAAACGUGUUCCGACUGAGCGCCACGGUUGAUAUACACAAGUUCAAAGCUGCCUGGCAAACUGUUGUAAACGAGCUGGAUAUGCUACGGACACGCAUCGUUCACACAGCAUCAUCAAACUUCCUCCAGGUCGUCCUUAAGGAGGAGACGAUAGACUGGACCACUGUUUCUAGUCUAAAGGCCGUUGGCGAAAAGGUUGCUCAACUUCCAUCGUAUAAUGGCGGACGAUUGGCGGACUUUGUGCUUAUCGACGACAAAAGCUCCGGCUCCCACUACUUUGUUUUAUCCAUCAGCCACGCCCUUUAUGAUGGAUGGAGUUUCCCGGUGAUGUUGAAAAGGGUGGAAAAUGCAUACUUCGAGAAAACCUCUCCUCCACUACAAACAUCAUACGCACGAUUCAUCCAAUACUUGACAAACGCAGAUCUUGUUGCUUCCGAUGAGUUUUGGAGAUCAAAUCUCGCUGGAAUUUCUUCUGUUAGCUUCCCUCAAGUUCCUCGUUCACUCACCGAGCAAUACUCCGCAACAAGAACUAUUUCUAGCCGCACAGAAAUUCCCACCCAACGACCCGGUGAUGUGACAAUUCCAAGUAUUGUCAGAGCGGCUUGGGCGUUGGUUAUCAGCGAUCACACCGGCGUGGAUGAUGUCUGUUUUGGGGAAACUUUGACGGGGCGGAAUAUCAAUGUUCCAGGUAUCGCCGAUGUCGUUGGUCCAACGCUCACCACCGUGCCGACGAGAAUCCAAAUCGAUCGAAAGGGUACACUCGCCAGCUACUUGCAAAAGGUGCAACAGGCUAGUGCGGAAGUGGUGCCGCAUCAACAUGUCGGCUUACAGCGCAUCAAAAGACUCGAUGGCGAUACCGCAGCAGGGUGUGACUUCCAGAAUCUGUUGGUUGUGCAAACUUCUCAUGAGGACGCUCAUGAAUCCCUCUGGCAUUUCCAGGAAACAGACGAUGUUCAGAACUUCUUCACAUACCCUCUUGUACUCGAAUGCACCAUUGGAGACAACUAUGUGAACACUACGGUGUACCACAAAGAAAACGUCAUUAAUAGCUGGCAAGUGCAGCGGGUUCUGGAUCAGUUUGGUUCAGUCAUGCAGCAGAUUGUCGAAACAUUGAAGGGCACAAACAUUAAAAUUAAUGAUAUUGAAGUUGUCAGCCCAUCAGAUAAGGAAACAAUCGCUUGGUGGAACCGUCGGCAACCCAUUUUGGUUAACGAAUGCAUCCAUGAUGUGUUUAUCAAAAAAGCUAAUUCCCAACCAGAUGCUGCUGCAGUUUGCGAUCCCAAUUUGGAGCUCACCUACCGUGGCCUUCAAACCCAUGCUUCACAGCUUGCCCUGUAUCUGAUCAACAUCGGCGUUGGGCCAGAAACCCUAGUUCCGAUAUGCCUCGACAAAUCUGCUUGGACAGUUGUGGCUAUUAUGGGAGUGCUUAUGGCUGGUGGGGCGUUUGUUCCAUUAGAUCCAUCACACCCAACUUCGCGACAUGGAGAAAUUCUACAGGAGACUGAUGCCAAGAUAGUUCUCUGCUCUCCCCAAUAUGAGGAGCGCUUCUUUGAGUUUGCGAGACAUGUUGUGCCUAUUGACAAGGCAUUUAUUACUAACCUUCCGCGCUGCGACUCCAGCCAGUUCCUUGGCCGAGCGAGCCCAGAGAAUAUCGCUUAUAUAUUAUUUUCACCUCUGGAAGCACUGGACGAGCCAAAGGAGUUGUGA